CAAAAAUGCUUCAUAUGGCUAUAAUAUGGAAUUAAUUUUGUGGUUGAGUCUUAGAUCAUCAGUAUAAUCUUUAAAAAUGAAAGCACAAGUUCCAAGAACCUAUGACAAAGAAGGCUAUAAACUUCGAGCAGGAUGUUUAUGUUAUAAGGAUGCGUCAAAAAAAGAAAUAUUACUGGUAUCCAGCUCAAGCAAUGAUUCUCUUUGGGUUGUUCCUGCUGGUGGCAUAGACCCUGGAGAAAAUCCAAUUCAAGCUGCUAUUAGAGAAGCAUAUGAAGAGGCUGGAGUAAUAGGUGUGGUUGGUGAUUGUGUUGGAGUGUUUCAACACGAUAAAGUUGUUAAGACAAGAACUUACAUUUAUACCAUGAUAUUGCAGAGUUUCACCCACAUGAAAGAAAAGCGAAAACGAGCUUGGUUUAAUGUAAAAGAUGUUUCAUCAAAGUUAAUGCACCCGAUACAAAACUCUUACAUCACUAGAGAUUUGAUGCGACUCAAAGAAGACACCAAUGCUGUCGUGCCAGUUUCCAAGCAAAGUAGAUAGUCAGCUUUGUUGUCAUAAAUAAAAACAUGACAUGAUCUUCAGGUCAUUUACAUGCAGAUCAAUGAAACAUCAAAGUGUAGUUUUCGAGGUUGUGGGCAAAAUAACUUUUUGUGGUUAUCACAUUCUUUUCCAUUUCAUAACCUACUGUCUGAACACAUGUUUUAUUUAAAGCAGUAAACAUAAGAUAUUUAACAUUGCCUAUAAAUCAUACCUGACGUUUUGUCUUUGCCAAAAUAUUUUUUGCAAGAUUGCUUGACAGAAAAAAAAACUUUUUUAAAAAUAAAGAUUUAAAAAUUUAUUUUAUUUAAUGAUAGAUUUUUCUAGAAAAUAUAGAGAUUUUAGGUUUUUGUUUUUGCAACUUUUUUCUAACUAAUUUCAAGAAGUUUUCAAAUUGCAUUUAGUAGAUACACUGUUGAGAGGUUUCUUUGCCAUCAUGUAAUUUAUUAUAUUUAUUGUGUUUGUUACAGACCGAUUCAUUUAAUCUAUGUCAAAAAAAUUUUUUCAACCAGCUCUAACAAAUUUUAAAAAUUUUAAUAAUCAUUUUUAAAUUAAAUUAGUUGAACUGUUUUAGCCCUGAGUAGCAUUUUUUUUUUUCUUUUUUUUUUCCUCAUUAUUAUGUUUAUGAUAAAAACAGAUAUUUAUUCUUGAUAAAACGUAUUUGCUAUAUAUUCUACAUUAUGUAAUUUUUAUUAUAUAUUCUGGUAUAUGUAAAAGUUGUAAUUUGAUUAAACUAAAAGAGUAUAUGGUGUUAA